AUGUCGGACGUAGAAGAGAACAACGCCCCCGAGGUCGCGGCCGAUGAGGUCGAGGUUUCCGCCGACGCCCCCAAGGGCCAGAUGUCCGUCCUGGAUGCUCUGAAGGGCGUCCUGAAGCACGCCCUCAUGCACGACGGCCUUGCCCGCGGUCUGCGCGAGGCUUCCAAGGCCCUCGACCGUCGCCAGGCCCACAUGUGCGUCCUCAACGAGAACUGCGAGGAGGAGGCCUACAAGAAACUGGUCGUCGCGCUGUGCGAUGAGCACAAGAUCCCCCUCAUCAAGGUCCAGGACGGCAAGCAGCUCGGCGAGUGGGCCGGUCUCUGUGUUCUCGACCGCGAGGGCAAUGCCCGCAAGGUGGUCAACUGCUCCUGUGUCGUGGUCAAGGACUGGGGUGAGGAGUCGCAGGAGCGGUCUAUCCUGCUCAACUACUUCCAGACUUCGCAGUAA